GAGAGCCUGGAGGAACGGCAGGACGGCCAAUCUAGGCUGCCAGAGGAAAUUCUGGUGUGGAUGGAGUUAUGGUCGUUGUCACGAGGUACUUUGGUGGAACGAAGCUUUCGUUGGAGCUUAUGGAGGAAUCGCUGCUGACUGCCUCAAAGACGCACCGACGCACAUUGUGAAAGCAAAGGUUUUCUUAUGUAGUUUGGUGUUGUCUACUGACUUGCAUCGAGUGUGUAGAUCUACCUGGUUCUCAAGCCUGGCUUUGAUCAGCUUGGAGAUGUGUACCCUCUCCGAAGCAUUGGUGUUAUUAGUUUCGAUCUUUAUGUCUGCAACGAAUCCAGCUUCAGCUUCAGCUUGCACAAGUGUGGCAUCAAAAGAGGAGGCUGUGCGAGUUUCGGGGAAACGUGAAGGAAAAGUUCGCUCACUGGAGAGAGGAAUGGCUAUACACGCCGAAGCUGCUAAAGGUGGUGUCGAGUUGGAGUAUUUCGUCGCAAACACGCUGGUGGAUUUCUACGUCAAAUGUGAGAGCUCGGCAGACGCUCGCAGAGUUUUUGACAAGAUGCCACUGCACGAUGUCGUGUCCUGGACGGCGCUGGUGGUGGGCUACGCUGGAAACGGUGAAGGCCAGGCGGCCUUGGAUCUCUUAGAGGACAUGCGACGUCGGGGCUGUACACCGAAUGCUUUGAGUGCAUUGUUAGAGGGACAAGAAAGCAAACGAGAAGAAAUCCUGGCGAUCUGUCUCCA